CUUGUCUCUUCUCCUCCUUCCUUCUUCCUCAUCUCCCCAUCGCUUGAUUCUUUCCAUCCUCCACUUUUCUGACAUCUGUCUUUUGGCCUUGGUUUAUAUAGCUCACCUCCAUCGGUUAUCGUGAGCCUGUUGCCUGGAUUUCGAGAUCUCUACCUAGAUUAGUCCCUUCCCUCAGAUAGGAAUCACCAUCCGGCUUAUCAAAUCGAAUCGAUCAACUUGUCUGUUUCUGGUGAAUCUGGAGAGACAGCCACACUACAACCCGUGGGUCGUUUGAACCAUCCUCGCCGUACAGCCGUUUUCAAAGUCAAACCGAUAUAGGUGUAAUUCCGCCGUCAUGUCUUCAGAUACCACGACGACAAUGCAUCGUCAUCCUCGCCGUCGGGCCCUACAGACCCCUCCGCCCUCCCUCCUCAACUCUUCCCUACCCGACUCGCAACCACCUUCGAACCGCCGCUUGAAAAGAGGGGAAACAUUCCACCCACGAAACACUUCUUCGUCGGAACGUGAUCCGAUCGUCAGUUUUCAGAAGCUACCUCGACGCUCUCCCACUUGUCCCAAGACGUUGGAAGCGAUCGCAGCCGGACAGGAUCGCAUGAGCAAGAUCCUCAGCCAGUUCGAGAACGACAUCCCUCAAAAACACACCCAGAACCACCUCCAGAACGACCUUCCAAUUCCUCGCGCCUACUUGCAGCGUCACAGCGACCAUCGUGCCCCAGAGGUCCGCAAAGUCUCUGAUUCCCCAUCGUCCCAGACGAAACCUCAAAAAGUCCUCCAUACCCACUGCCACGCUUCGGACAGUGGUCUCGGCACAUCUAUCUGCAGUAACGAAGAGAACGCUUCCACCAGAGCAAAGAUGGAUCUCGUUGAUGGGCGAACCAUCAAGGAUUCGGUCCGCGGGCUCAGCCAGCGCGCCCGCAUUGAGGUGGAGAAGUGGGUCUUUAUACCGCUUCUCAAACAACAUUCGCUCCACCCAUAUCGCUCGAUAGUGCAGGAGGUCCGCGAGCAGGUCGAAAACGAUAACCUGCGCAAUUUGCGUGAUAUCGAGAAGUCGAUCACCAAUUUGGCUCCCGGUGUCGAUGGAGUUACCCUCUCGACGUAUGAAUCAUUCUGUUAUCUUACCGUGGAGUGUCUGAGCGCGACCGUGUCCCAUCUCAGUCCGCGAGACCUCCACACGCCUGGAGACAAGGCCUACAGCAGCAGUUACUUUGCCGAUCUCAUUGAUGAAAUCAGACGGUACAAGGUGAUUCGUGACGAGGCGUCCCGAAACCCUACGGGGGAAACCCCUCGACUCACGUUGGAAGGUGGCCUGUCCCAGACCGGACACCCUGCCCAGUUUGUUGUCCACCAGGGCGAGAAGUCGACUUCCCUGCGCACCGGGGAGCCCUACAGUGCCGCCCCCAUUCCGACGUUCAAGCGGACCUUGAGCCUGGGCAGUGCCGACGAAGGUGCCGAGCGAUCCAUGGCUCGACGCAAGAAGGACGCUCCCCCGAUGAACAUCAACCAGAAGUGCAAGCAAUGUGACAAGGUGUUUAAGCGACACUGUGAUCUCUCGAAACAUGAGAAGACCCACGAGCGGCCGCACAAGUGCCCCGACGCCACUUGCAAGUACUACAAGAUUGGCUGGCCUACCUCGAAAGAGAACGAGAGGCACUGGAACGACAAGCAUAGCCCGAACCCCACCUUCUACCAGUGCGAGUUCGAAGAUUGCGCCUACGUCUCCCGGCGACACAGCAACGUGAAGCAGCACAUGGAAAAGACUCACGGGUGGACCUACACGAGGACCAAGAACAACGGGCGGAAGAAGGACAACAAGGUGUCGGAAAGCCCCCAGUCGACGACCACCACCUUCUCGACCCCCAUGUCCAAUCCUCUCCCCGAGCCCAUGAUCGACUUCUCCCAGCCGCCCCCGAUGCCCGCGAUGGGCUACUCGACUUCGCCAGAGAUGGAAAUGUUCCCCAACAACGCCAUGAUGCCACCUGUUGGGGACAUCGAACUCUUCAGCAACGACGCCUUCGCUACCUGCGAUACAACUUUCUUCAAUGACGCCUUGGCCAUGUACGAUCCUAAUGUGUUCAACGUCAACGCGGGCGUUUUCACCCAUGGGGAUUUCAUGAAUCACGGGGAUCUCCUCAACUAUGGGGACCUCGGCAUGUCAGACUUUCUGGAGUUCCCCUAGGGACUACAAUCAUCCGAUAAGAGAGAUUGACGGUGGUUUUAAUGAGCAUAUGCUUGCUUCUUUCCCUUCUUUUUAAUACGUUUUCAUUUUUCAUACCCAUAUCCCCACACUUUACAGAAUGACAGCGCUGUUUGUAUGUUAUAGCGAUAUACGACCUUUUAUUUCCACUCUAGCCAGUCAUAAUUUAUCAUGAUCAUUUAAAUAAAAAAAAAUGAAUAAUAUAUAUAUACAAAAAAAA